AUGUCUCUGACCACUUUACCUUCACUUCCUGAACCCAUUCUACACCUAAUUUGCGUCUAUCUCACGCCCGAUCGCCACAGCGUCAACGACUCGGAAAAUGGCCAAUCGCCCACACUUUACCGCCCAAUAAUCAGCCUUUCAUUGACCGCGCAUGCCCUGAAUCGCAUCUCGUCAACCCACAUCGCGACAAACAUGAGCCUGACAUGGGGCACUGUCCGCUGGGACCUCUUCCUCCGCACCGCGCUUGAAAACCGGGCCUACGCAUCCAGCGUCAAGUACCUUAAGCUCACCGAACUCAGCUUAUACGAGCAAGAUCUCACCAGGCCGACAAAGUGGCAAGAUGGUCCGGAUGAUCUCACGGAAAUGUUCAAAGCACUAUCCGGAUUGCAAACGCUCUACUCGUCGCACUGCAGGCUGAAAUACCCCGGUUCAAUCAUCUACCGCCUCACGUCUGAAGAAAUGCCAUUGUGGAAAACGCUCGAGACCGUGCGAUUCGACCAUAUCAAUUUCUGGGGCGAAGACCGCAUUGUGCAACUAAACUUGCAACGCGAACGCACAGAAAAUAAUGAACACGGUGAAAUGAGAAAGUACACGGUGGGAAACGGACUGCUUACUGGCUCUCUGACGGGCUUGAGUAUCCAGGACUUUCACAAGAUACCCGAGGUCACGAAUGUGGUUGUUACUACGCGCGAUUUCGACGACGAUGGGGAUACGGAGGGGGAUGCGGAUUGGGUUGAUGAGGAUGCAGCGGAAGGAGUGGAGUGGAGUGAUGACGAUGAUGACGAUUAUGAGUAUGAGAGCGAGGAUAGCGAGUGGGAUUCGGAAGAUGAUAGCGAUUACGAGGAUGAUUGGGAGGCGGAGGGUGUGUUCAGUGUGCCUAGCGCUCAGCCUGUGAAGGAGGGUCUGCCGACGCCGGUCGUUGGUUUGUCUGCUCCGAGAAAGAGUCUGCUGGAUUUUUGA